AUGUUUAGUGUUUACGUAUUGAGUGUUAUUUGUAUUUUUGUGUCAAUUUCAUCUGGUGAAAGAAUCGGUGAUAUUUAUUGUCCAGAUCGGGCUGAUGGUCAAUAUCCUCAUCCAACAAAGUGUCAAUUGUAUAUUGAUUGCAAACAAGGAAUACCGAAAAUUUUUGAAUGCAAUGAGGGAUUCGGAUGGAAUAUUGCUGAGCGUCGUUGUACUUAUCGUCCGACAGAAUGUCGCACUAUCGAAAACAUAGAAUCAGGUGAUACUCAAGAAAAUGUGAACACAUGUCCAUCAACGGGUAACGUGUUCAUUGCCAGUCCGAAAAAAUGCAACAAAUACUAUCGUUGUAUCAAUGGUGUUAGAAUGAAGUUAGAAUGUGAAAAUGGAAAAUUGUUCAAUUAUCAAACGGGUCAAUGCGAAUUUACACAAGAUGAAAAUGUGUGUAUACCUGGUUCAAGAAUAAUUUCUCAAACUGUCCCUCAACCAACAUUUCAAAAUUUACAGCACAGAUGUACUGAUAAGCCCAACGGACUCUUUCCUGAUUUGAAUACUAAUUGUCGUCGUUUCUACCAGUGUGAUGGUGGAGCGUUGGUAAAAGAGGACACUUGUCCUGGUGUACUUCAGUUUAAUAUCAAGUCGAAUGGAUGUGAUUAUCCUGGACGAGCGCCUCCCCCAUGCAACUAGACAAUUCAUUCCAUCAUGCAUUAUUCGUGAUCAAAUUAAAAUAAUUAAAAUUAAUAACUUGAUAGAUUGUGUAGUUAGUGAAAAUUUUUUAGUAAGAUACUCAUGCACGUUUACUAAAAAGAACGAAUGUAACAAAGUUAUGAAAUUAUGAAAUUUUUAAGUAAUAUUUUCAAUAUAUAAUAUUAGAAAUUUGAAUAAAAAGAAUUAAAGAAGUGUUUCGUACAAUUGCCUAACCUAAAACUGACAUAGCAGUAAGAAGCUAAGCAUGGACUUCUCAGAGUAAGUUGCUGUUUAGAUCCUGACACGUGUACCUUCCAGGAACUACAUAUAUUCGAUUGAUUGAUAGUGUUUCGAUAGAAUUCCCAGGAAAAAAAAAACGGGCAAUUAACUGCCAGUUUACAGUCUGCUUAAAAACUGCCAGUUGACAACGUGUUAACUGUCUAAAAACCACCUAAAAACUGUCUAGUUUAUUGGCCGUUUUUAGGUCUGCAAAAAUACCGUCUAAUAACU